AUGCCUCGUGGAAACGAAACCGCCUCUAAGAUGUACUACAAGGGUAGCUCCGAAGACUUCAUUGUCUUCGUUGAUGACCUUGAGAUCCUCCAGAAGUGGAAGAACGACCGCAGCAUCGCUCUGGCCGAUGUCCUUAACGGCUGGAAGAUCUUCGUGACUCACUCCCAUGGUGCCCAGGGUGUCCUCGAUACCGCCAGCAAGGCCGCUCUCCAAAACGAGUUCGGCACAACCGAUGAGGAUGCCAUCAUGGUCAAGAUCCUCGAGGGCGGCGAGUUCCAGGCUGCUACUGCACGCGAGCGUCAGGGCGGCAAGAACGACUCCAAGGGAGCUAUGGGCACCUCUCGCUAA